AUGAAAGUGGAUAAAUUUUUCUAUAAACUCUCCCCUGCCUCCGCUGCAGACAUGUCUCAUAGGUCUAAGAAUGCGGAUAAUAAAAAGCAGCAAAAACACGCAGCCGAGAUACAUGCAGACCCUUCAUCCCCCCCAGAACAGAUCCCGGUUCAGAGCAUGGACCACUCAGCAUUGCUACACGAAUUGAAGACUUUCUUCCUCCCUAAGAUGGACUCACUCCAAACGGGAGUUGAUACCCUGACCUGUGAGGUCAGACAGUUUUCCUCACGAAUGUCUAUAGCAGAAAACCGAAUCUCGGAGGUGGAGGACAGACAAUCUAACACAGAUAUCACGGUCAAGCAGCUGGUCAAAAAGACACAGAUUCUCCAGGACCGCAUUGACGACUUGGAGAAUCGAAGUCGCCGCAACAAUCUACGCAUAGUAGGAGUGCCGGAAAACAUCAAAGGCAAGGAUCUGUUAGAAUUUACAGCACUGACAUUUCCCAAACUUCUAGGGCUACACCCCGACAUCCUCCCAAUUGAUGUAGAAAGGGCACACCGUGUAGGGCCCGAAAGGGAUCUAGACCAGGCCAGGGCACGACCUAGACAGGUCAUAUUUAAAUGCCUGAACUUUCAGGAGAAGAUGAAGAUCCUGAGAGCCUACAGAGCGCGCAGAGAGAUCCUUUAUGAAGUCUUUGCAACUUUAGUAGAUGGGGAGAAAAUCAGCAAAGUUCCCCCACAAAAUCCUGGAACACCUCUAAAUUAUGAGGAAUACAGAGACUUCUUUCAAACUCGGUUGCCUGCCUGGAAAGUGGAGUCCAUCUGCCACCUCCGCCAGAGCUUUGGGUGUAUGGACCCUGAAAUCAAACAUCUGGACGAGUUUGAAAACCAUGGCUCUGUACCUGCUGGUCCUGUGUGUGCAAAACUCCACACUACCACACCAUUUCCAUCCUUUUGUCAUUUUGCCAAGUUUCGCUGCUCUACUCGCAAGUAUUAUCUCAAGCGAGUUUGGUGUACCCAACCUGUAAAGGACACUGUCGCAUAUUCUAACAUAGAACCUAUUGGAAAGUCAGGUGUGGCCUUUACAGAUUUAUCUGCCACUCAGACCACCGAGCCCACUGGCCCUUUUGUACCAUCCUCUGAGCCUGCAACAACAACUGUAGGUGCUAAGGAGGGCCUAGCCACCAAAAACAGACUAUCUGUUAAAGACUUUCAGUUGAGAGAUCAGAAGCCUCUUCAUGGGAGCAAUCAGAACAGUACCAACCUCUCUAAAACCAAAUCCAUCUCCAGGUCUGUGGAAAACAAACAGCAGUGGAUAAAUAAGAUUAGAAGUGAUAUUGCUUCCUCGCUAAAAUCCAAACUGACUACGCCCAAGGCAGAUAGAAAAAGCUCAGGGAGUAAAAGUCCAUUGCGCAAGAUCAUUAACAAACUAAAUUCCAAACUGACUACGCACAAGGCAGAUAGAAAGAGCCCAGAGAGUACAAGUCCAAUGCGCAAGAUCAUUAACAAACUCAAUUCCAAACUGACUACGCACAAGGCAGAUAGAAAGACCUCAGGGAGCACAAGUCCAAUGCGCAAGAUCAUUAACAAACUAAAAGCAAGUGCAGGGAAAAAAGGCAAAGGUCCAACCACAUAUGCUGCAGCCCCAAGAACUAAGACCAGUGUCCAUGGGGAAGAAUCUACAUAUGUUGCAGAAUCAGUCCACUGACUGCAAUCCAAUUGUCUGCUUGGAGAAGGCUAGAUGACAAUGAGAUUGUCAUUAUAAUCUAAUUGUCAUCUAGCCUUCUCCUGUGGUCUCAUUGUCAUCUAGCCUAUUGUUGCAGUCUAAUUGUAAUCUAAUUGUUAUCUACCUUCUUCUGCUGUCUCAUUGUCAUCUAGCCUUCUCCUUUGGUCUCAUUGUCAUCUACCCUUUUCCUGUGGUCUAAUUUUUAUCCAAUUGUCAUCUAACGUUCUGUGGUCUUAUAGUCAUCUAGCCUUCUCCUGCAGCCUCAAUUUCAUCUAAUUGUUAUCUAGCUUUCUCCUGCAAGCUCAUUGUUAUCUAGCCUUCUCCUGCAGUUUCAAUGUCAUCUAGCUUUCUCCUGCAGUCUCAUUGUCAUCUGGCCUUCUCCUGCAGCCUCAUUGUCAUCUAAUUGUUAUCUAGCCUUAUCCUGCAAGCUCAUUGUUAUCUAGCCUUCUUAUGCAGUAUCACUGUAAUCACCCCUUCUGCAGUCUCAUUGUCAUCUAGCCAUCUCAUGCAGCCUUAUUGCAAUCUAGCCAUCUCCUGCAGCCUUAUUGCCAUCUAGCCAUCUCCUGCAGCCUUAUUGCCAUCUAGCCAUAUCCUGCAGCCUUAUUGCCAUCUAGCCAUCUCCUGCAGCC